AUUUUGCUAUUUUACUAUAUACUAUCCUCAGAAUACUAUCAUAAUCUUAAUGAAAAAUGAUAAUUGCUUUUCAGUGUCAUGUUGUCAAACUUGUUCUUUUGUCAAUACUCAAUUAAUAAUCGUUUAAUCGUUUUGUAAAUAAUGACAUUAUAUAGUUAAAUAAAAAAUAAUUUUAAAUAAAUCAUGAUUAAAGCAACAAGCUUAGGGUCAAACCGGCCGCUUUCUGGUCAACUUUACAAAUAUACAAAUGUAGUGAAGGGGUGGCAGCAGAGAUGGUUUGCAGUUGAUCCAGAAACUGGGGUAUUAUCGUAUUAUUUGUUUGAUGGACCUGGGGAUACUGUUCAGCCAGGUCAGCCGGCGAGAGGAGAGGCACACUUAGCAGCUGCAGUAAUAUGUCCAAGUGACGAAGAUUCCAAAACAUUUACUAUAAACUGUGCAUCAGGAGAUAUGUUAAAAUUGAGAGCUACAGAUGCCCGAGCUAGACAAGAAUGGGUCAAUGGACUGAGAGCCAUAGCAGAGAUUCAUACUAAGGCAAUGGGAGCUAAUCCUCCCUUGCAACCUCGUGAGCAGCUUGCAGUACAUGACGCCAUGGCUUCAGCUCGACAACAAUUACAAGCUACCGAACUAAGUGAUGCAGCACUCGCAAGAUGUAUUGAGUCAUCUGACUCACCAUUUCCUCACACAGAUCCAGAUUUAUUGCUUUUAAAGGCCACCUCCGCAGCCAGUAUGCAGUGUUUAUUACAAUGUUUAGGCAUCCUUCUCAGACAGCAACAGUAUGCGACCCUUAGCAUUUCCAAAACUUCGAGUAAUGACCAGUAGCACUACUUAUGUAAUUAUAACACAUUAUUAUUAU